UCCUUCAUUGUUCGUUUUCUCUAUAGAUAUUCUUUCGUACCGAGUAAAGUUCACUUAAACAACAACGGGGAGGGGACAGUUCGCAAUUACAAUACGAGAUUAAACAUUUGAAAGAUCUAAUUAUUACCCACUGUUCAUUCGUAUUUUCUGCUAAUUAAGCGAAAGAAAGUCGGACGCAAUCAGACGAUACUCAAUUGACGGUCGCAUUUAGGGGCACUAAUUUCAACGUCUGCUAAUUCCGUUACGAUAAGUUAUUUAAUGUAUCUAUGGUAGAUUCUAACCGACCAUUAGCUUCAAAUUUCUAUUCUUCUGGCUGUUCUGAAGAGUCCACGUUGAAAGUAGCGGCCCAUACUUGUUUUACAAGUAUCGAGGAUGAUCGAGGGCUCUCUACUCUCGAAGAGAGCCAUUCACUGUCGCGCAACUUCAGGCGGUGGCGGCGGUGCCCGAUACGAGGCACCUCUGCAAAUAACCUCGCGGUAUCGCAGCUGAUGUAGUGUUAAUCGAAUCAUCCAGAUGACUUAACUAAUUCCGUCGGCGAUCCCUCGGCACGUCCGACGACGGGGUGUCGGUACCUGCGCCCGCACGGCAACGAGACCCGGGGAGGAUAAUCCGUUGUCCAGCUGCUGGGGAUCGCGCGCGCUCGUCCACGACGCGACGUGUCCGCGGGCGCCCGAUAAAACGGGGGAGACGCGGAUGUUCCACGACCAGCGAGCGAAAUGGAGAGCCACGCCGGUGAGCAGUACGUGACGUUCCCUCUCAACGAGGUGCACGACGCUAUAGAGGAGAACAUGAUAUCGCACGAGGAGAUAUGCGAGCCCGUGGACGAGUGCGUGCUGCAGGAGGGCCUUACGGAGGUGACGGUCGGUAACACCGCGAGCGUCGACAUGGUGGAGUCGCAGGGCACCGUCGAGAUCCUCGCCGAGUCGGAGGAGGACGAGGACAAUCAGGUGGUGUACCCGAUGUACAUCAAGCAGGAGGAGCAGCAGCAGUACACGUCGGGCGACGACGAGUCCAUGGCUGUGGAGGCCCUGCGUCAGCUCGGCGGCAUGUACCCCUGCUUCGAGGACAAGAAGAUGAGCUGCCCGGUCUGCAAGCGUCUCUUCACCCAGGAGGAGAUGGCCGAGCAUCAGUCGACGUGCCAGGCGUCCGCCAAGCUGUCCUGCACCACCUGCGGCGAGCGAUUCGAGAGGAAGAUCGAUUUGAAUAACCACAUGGUUUGCCACCAAGUGGACCGUCCUCACGCGUGCAGAACGUGCGGCAACCUGUUCCGCUCCAAGAGCAGCUUGCAGGCGCACAUGCUGCAGGCGCACAUGCACCACGUCGAACGGCCGCACAAGUGCACCAUCUGCGGCUCGGACUUCCAGAGGCCGUCCAGCCUGUCCAAUCACAUGAAGAUACACACGUACGUCGCGGGACGAGCCCUCAUGCAGUCGCAAGGUAACAAUGUGUCUCAGGCGGCGGAGACGUUCAGGAAGUGGCCGGAAAACGCGUCCGACGCGCAGAACGCUUCUCAGAUACCAUCUUCCUCGUCUGUUCAGACUAUACAGAACUACGACGUGUGUCAGGUCCCGUGGCCGGUCUCGUCGUACAACUUCCAGGGCGAGCAAUCGAUAGUUACCACAAUGUCCAAUCACCAGGACUCCAAGAUGGACACGCUGCAAGAGUUUGCGGUGAUGCCCAAUGGCGAGGUGACGCAAUUCAGCGAGUACACCGAGCAGAAUAGUAUCGGCGACUCGGUCAACAGCGGCCAACAGUACGACAUAACGAUAAACUCGUUCAACACGCCCGACGGGGUGGUCAAGGUCGAGACGCUCUACAGAUACAAUAAUGCGAACAAGAGGGACUACGACGAGGCGGAGGCCAACAGCGGUAAGCAGCACACGUGCAAGCAUUGCGGGGUCAGUUUCUCGCGCGCCACCGCGCUGGCGUCCCACGAGAAGAUUCACGCCUCCAAGAACUGGAACAUGCCGAUCGAGUGCGAGUACUGCGACAAGCAGUUUCAGGACGGCAAUCACCUGGCGACCCACCAGACCACCUGCGCCAAGAAGAUAAUGCAGAACAACAUCGAGCAGGGCGUGCCCAACAACAAGUGGGGCAAGCACGCCUGCUCGGAGUGCGGCAAGAAGUUCACGACCAAGCAGAAGAUGUUCCGCCACCAGUGGAUCCAUCGCAAGAAGACGCACUCGUGCGAGGUCUGCGGCUCGCAGUUCGAGAAGCAGAACGAGCUGGACGAGCACAGACUGUCGGCGCAUCCCGGUGACUCGCCCUUCACCUGCUCGGAGUGCGGCAAGAGCUUCGUCUCGCGGCAGGGCCUUUGGGAGCACGGUAGAACGCACGCCGGCAGUCCGGCCCACUUCCAGUGCGACACCUGCUCGAAAACGUUUUCGUCGCGCCAGGGAUUCCUGAUACACAAUCGCACGCACACCGGCGAGCGACCGUACGGCUGCAAGUUUUGCUGGAAGGCCUUUCGAGACGGCGGGACUUUGAGGAAGCACGAGCGAAUUCACACGGGGGAGCGGCCGCACGUGUGCCCGCUGUGCUCGCGGGCCUUCAAUCAGAAAGUCGUUUUGCGCGAGCACGUUCGGUGGGUUCACGCGGCGGGUAAGAACGAGACGGAGGCGAGCAACCCCCCGUAUCAGUGCCCGCUCUGCGGCGCUCUCAACCAGGAUCGCGACGAGCUCUGCGCGCACAUCGUCAAGCAUUCGGACCAGAUGAUAGCCGAGGCGAAGGCGAAGACCAGCAGCGACGCCUCCCCGAAGUCGAAGCCGACGAAGAAGAAGUCGUCCAAGUUGAACGCGCAGGCGAAGCAGAACGCCCUGGACUUCAUCCCGAAGUCGGAGCAAACCGAAGCCUUGCUGUCCAUCACGGACACAGCCGAUAAAUCAGACGAGAUCGAGAUUCUGAGCGAGAAGCAGAGCAACACGUUUGUUGUAGUCACCACGGAGAAACGUGGCGAUUUCAUCGAGAUACCCGGGCUCAAGCACAGCAACAUACGGUUCAUCGUGGACGGCAAGGAAGACGAGGACAUUCAGGUGCUUCAGGUGGAGCCAGAUCAGAGGGAUUCUCUCGACAUAAUUGACAUCGACAAGCAGAGCGACGCGGCGAACAUCGUGUCCGCGGAGUCCGUGGACGGUGCCUUCGACGAGACGGUCAGGCAAAGCGACAUGUCCGCGAUGCACUUGAUCCAGUCGCCUAAGCAGAACAACACUCUCACUAUCAUCUCGAAGCAGAACGAGUCGCUGCCCGUCCUGACGAUACCAAAUCCGCAGGGUCACGACAAUUAUUCCAGUCAGAUCGUGCAGAUAAGUGGUGCGGAGAUACCGAUGAACGUUGUAGCGAGCCCUCGACAAGCGCGGAAGGCGAAGAAUCAUAUCCAGGACGUGCAAGACUCUAUAAUGCCGGAUGCGACGUCGCACGUUAUUGUACAGUAUCAUCAGCAGGACAGCGACGAAGGGGACGACUUUACCUGCGGCAUCUGCGAGGAAAAGUUCGACGGCAAAACCAUGUUGAAGGAGCACAUCAAGAUACACAUAUAAUUAUCACUUUCGCGUUUCAACUUUGCUGUCUCGCGUAUUUCUCGUGGUACUUCACGCGCCGUUAACGCGACUGUAGAAAGUAACGAGUGCAUGCACGAUGGCGAGAUCCUUUACCAGUGAUUUCAAUCGCACAGGAUUUAUUUGUGAUUCGAUUACAAGUAACAUUUUUGUUUCUAGAAAAGUAUAUAAACAAGACAAGAUGUCUAUAAGUAAUAUAAAGUUGAUGUACAUAUAUUGCACAGUUAAUGUACAUAAACCUAACUUAGGAUACACAUUUCAAUUAUGCAACGUAUUUAUUAAAUCCGGAAAUACUAUGUCCGAGUGCGUGCCUGUUUAUACGUUAAGUUUUGCAGAAAUUAAUUUUUAUUUAAAUACGUUGCUUUUAGCGUCAGAAUUAAAAAUACGUUUUAUUUCAUCUUUUACGACAUAAAAUUUUUUCACUUAUCAAAUUGAGAAGUUGCUUUUUACUGUAGAAGUGUGUAUGUAUGUACGAAAGAAAGGAAAACAUUCUGUUUUGUGCAAUAUGUCAUUAUCAUUAAUUUCGUGAGGAUUAAUUCCAAUUUUUAUUUGUGCUGAACGAGAAAGCUCGCGCGUUGCUCGCGAUAUUGGGUUUUGCAUGAAUCUUUUUUUUAUUUUUUUUUAUUUAAAUGUUUUAUUUUAGAUUUCAGAAUGAGAGAAGAACGUUUUAUUUAAUCUUUUACAGCAUAAACUGCCUCAACUUAUGAAAUAGAAAAAUUACUUUUUAUUAUAUACAACUGUGUAUGUGUGUACGAUAAACCCAGUAUCUAUUUUGUGCAAUAUGACGGCUUACCACAAUUUCGUAAAGAUUAAUCCGAACUUUGAUUUCUGUUGAACAAGAAAUUUUGAAUGCUAAGAUAGCCAUAGGUGAUUGUAAGAAAUAUUUAUUUAGUUCUUUCCGUUUUGCUAUCCUGCUGAACUGUAUCUAUUAAGUUAAUAAAGAAAUUCUAAUUAUAUUAA